UUAUGUCACCACACUAAUUAAAUGCCAUCUGGGUGGUUCCUCUGGGUUUUUGAGCCCAUCACCCAGUUCAGAUCGCAUCAGAGGCCAAGAAAGAGAACAUGAUGAUGGACCUUUUUGAAACUGGCUCCUAUUUCUUCUACUUGGACGGGGAAAAUGUUACCCUGCAGCCCUUAGAAGUGGCAGACGGUUCUCCUUUGUAUCCAGGGAGUGAUGGUACCUUGUCCCCCUGCCAGGACCAAAUACCCCCGGAGGCUGGGAGCGACAGCAGCGGAGAAGAGCACGUCCUGGCCCCCCCGGGCCUGCAGCCUCCCCACUGCCCCAGCCAGUGCCUCAUCUGGGCCUGCAAGACCUGUAAGAGAAAAUCUGCCCCUACCGACCGCCGGAAAGCUGCCACACUGCGUGAGAGGAGAAGGUUAAAGAAAAUCAACGAGGCCUUCGAGGCCCUGAAGCGGAGAACAGUGGCCAACCCCAACCAGAGGCUGCCCAAGGUGGAGAUCCUGCGGAGCGCCAUCAGCUACAUUGAACGACUGCAAGACCUGCUGCACCGGCUGGACCAGCAGGAGAAGAUGCAGGAGCUGGGGGUGGACCCCUUCAGCUACAGAACCAAGCAAGAAACUCUCGAGGGUGCGGAUUUCCUGCGCACCUGCAGCUCCCAGUGGCCUAGUGUUUCGGACCAUUCCAGGGGGCUGGCGAUAGCCGCUAAGGAAGGCGGAGCAAGCCUUGAUUCGUCGGCCUCAAGCAGCCUUCGAUGCCUUUCUUCCAUCGUGGACAGUAUUUCCUCGGAGGAGCGCAAACUCCCGUGCCCUGAGGAGGUGGUGGAGAAGUAACUGCCCUGGAGAGCGCUGGGGACCUUUCAGCCCAGGAGCAGGGAGAUCCCACGCCUCCUCCUCCUCCUGUAGAUUAGGUCACGUUACAUUAAUAUUUAGGAACUCAGAUUUCAGCGGUUAUGAAAGGGGAAGAGACAUAUUCACGAAGAAUCUACUCUGCACAUUCAAAUGCAAAAGGCCUUUUGGCUUUGGGCUUUUGUUCUUGGGAACCUCCAGUGGCUUAGGUAUAAUGCCCUUCUUUUUGUUAUUGUUUAGUUUUGUUAUAGAUUCACUUUUGUUACAGUGAUUCUUUUGUGCCACCGCACAAAAGAAACUCAUUCCUGUCUGAAGCGAAGUGGGAACGUGGAGUGCUAGUGGUAUUUAAAUGUAUUUUUGUAAAUAAUCUUAGUACUUUCUUUUUUAUGUAAACCUAAGAAAUAUAUUUUAAACGUGGAAUGAUGGAUUGUAUAUAAAACGUGUGAGGAUCCUGGUGUUGUAAUAUUAAAAAUAAGUUUCUAUAUAAAUAAAGUUGGCCUUAAUUUGA